AUGCGGUCCCUAAUCAUCGCCACGGCAUUGCUUGUUUUACCGUCCGUUUAUGCUCAAGGAGCUACGGAAUUUAGCCCACUUAAAUUCUCAGAGAACGGAACCUUCCAGAUUUCUAUUUUUGAAGAUUUACACUUUGGAGAGAAUGCCUGGGAUACGUGGGGCCCUGAACAGGACCGCAAGUCGGUCACUGUGAUUAACGAGAUCCUCAACAAGGAAAGCCCUGACCUUGUUGUCCUCAAUGGCGAUCUGAUUACGGGAGAAAAUGGAUUCCUCGAGAAUGCAACGGUCUAUAUAGAUGAUAUUGUUGGGCCCCUGGUUGAUCGUGGACUGACCUGGGCGUCGACGUAUGGAAAUCACGAUAGCGCGUACAACCUGUCUCGCACAGCCAUAUUGGCCAGAGAACGACGCUGGCCAAAUGCCCGUACCCAACAAAUGGUAUUCGACCGGAACGCGGGAGUAACUAAUUACUACCUUCCUGUCUACGGCGCUGGUAAGGAUGCGGUCCACCAUGCCCCCAAAAUGAUUCUAUGGUUCUUCGAUAGUCGCGGAGGAAAUUACUUCCAGGAACUUGACUCGUCCGGCAAUGAAAUUCCCCAGCCGAACUGGGUGGAUGCUAGUGUUGUCAAAUGGUUCAGGGAAACAAGCAAACAUCUGCACCACAAGCAUAAGAAAGUUAUCCCGUCCCUCGCCUUUGUUCACAUCCCUACAAAUGCGUCGCAGGCAGCCCAAACCGAGAUUGGCAUCAGUAAAACCCAUGAACCUGGCAUCAAUGAUGACUAUAUCCUUGCUCAGCAGGCGCAAGGAUGGUGUGAAGAUGGUACAAACAGUGACUCCUGUUCUUAUGGUGCCCAGGAUGUUCCAUUCAUGAAAGCCCUGGUUGAAACUCCAGGACUUAUUGCCGUAUUUUCCGGCCAUGACCACGGCGAUACAUGGUGUUAUAAAUGGAAUGAGUUACUUCCCGGUAUGACUAUUAAGGGCAAUGGAGUGAAUCUAUGUUUUGGCCAACACUCUGGCUACGGUGGGUAUGGCAGCUGGAUUCGUGGAUCUAGACAGGUAAUUGUGACGGAGUCUCUCCUCAAGCAUAAGGAGCUAGACACUUGGAUUCGCUUGGAGUCAGGGGAUAUUGUGGGGUCUGUUGCAUUGAACUCAACCUACGGGGAAGAUGUGUAUCCUGUCACUCCAGAUACCACAACUAAUAUGUAGAUUACAUCUUCGGAAUUUACCUGAGUUUCCGGGGCCAAUGUAACUUGGGUUCUUUUGGC